GGAGGCGCCCCGGCCAGUCCCCUAUGAGGCGACGCAGCAGAUCCCCGGCGCCCUCGCCGCCUAUGGGGGUUUCGGCGUCGCGGUCGGGUUCGGUGCAGGGGGCUUCAUCGCCAUCUACCCCUGCAUCGAGAUCUUCUUCACCAGCGUCAGGACGGUCUUCUUCACCACGCUCGUCUCCGCCUCCGCCAGCUGCCCCCGUUUUGCAUCCUCCCCCCACUAUUCCUCCACCAGUGGCGCAGCCGCCGGUGAGGAGGAGUGGGAGGUUUGCUACGACGGAGGGUGGCGUGGAGGCUACGGAUGAAGACGUGAUGCAGAGGGCUAUGCGGCGUAAGGCGGAAAAGAACCUCGACACGGCAGGUCAUCUACAGAUGUACAGGUAUUCUCCGUUCGUGGUUACCUCUUCAGCGAGUGGAGAACCGAGACCUGUUUACGGAGGUCUGUACACGGUUGGAGGCUACGGCGAGGGAUACUUUUUCCCAACAUGGGUGGCAGCAUAGUCUACGGAUAGAUGCCCCACCUAUUUCUUAGGCGUUAUAUGUUUCAUCUUGAUGUGUAUCUCGCCUAGUUUUUUGUUUUUAUCACUUUCGAACCUGAGACAACAUAAACGGCUGUGUGCAUCCUGGUUAUGCAGAGGCUGGAUGUAAUUGCUUAUAAAAGUAAUGAAAGCAUCCUUUAUCGA